AUGCUCGUUAAAACUUUCAGGUACACACACAAACCAAUAGACGAGAGAAAGAAAACUGAAACAAUUGAUGAACAAACUCUAGCUUUAAAUAAAUACCUUCCCCCUCAAAAAAAAAAAAAAGAAAAACAAAAAGAAAAGAAAAGAAUACUCUACCCCUUAAUCAUUAAUAACAAAAUGACAGAUAGAUUCGGAAGACAAAAAUCAACUCGCUGGGUGAAUUCUGUUCCAACUUACGGAGAUUGGGGCGAUGAUGAUUAUGAAGAUGAGUACACGUAUCAAGAAGAUAAUUCCUCACAACAACAAAGAAAAGUGACACCCCAGAGAUUUGAGUUACCCAGUGAUCAUGUUCCCCCAGUGCCGGUUAUUGACGAAAAGUAUAAAAACUUUACUGCUGAAAACAACAUAGAAAGCAAUGUGAGUCAACCUAAAGAACUUGUGUUGUCGGUUGAUGGACAAACUAAUCUUGAAAGUGAUAGCAGUGAUGAAGAAUCUGAGAUCAUUAGUCAAGGGUGUGUUAGUCCGUAUAAACAAGCAAAUAAGCAAACAUUCGGAAUUUCCCAAAACUUUGAUGAGAAGCUGACGACACCUGGUUAUCUGGUUAACACCCCUGUUAUUGUAUCAAAUAAUGGAUCCGAUUCUAAUGUGGAGAGAAACGAUAAUAAUGAAGAAGAUAAUAAAAAUUUUACUAGAGCAUUGAAAGAGAUUCAACUGAAGGAAUCACAUCAUGAGGAUUUGGAAAAAUUAGAACUUCAGCAUAGACAGAAAGAUGAGUCUGAGUCUGACAAACAAGUUUCAGAACUGUCUUCAACUAAAAAACAGCCAAACUUGAUUUUAUCAGUUGAUAAGCAUAAGAACAUUUAUUCCGAUAGCAGCGAUGAUGACGACAAUGAUGACGACAUGGGUUCGAGUCUUAAUUUUGGAGCAUCGACUCAUAGUCUUGGAAACAUCGCAAAGGCUACCACAUCUAAAAAUAACGUCACAACUUUGGAAGUGCAAUCUAAAGAGGGGCAUCAAUUUGAACCUCCAACACCAACAUAUAGCUAUUCGCAGCAAUCGUCAAACUUACCACCAGAAAGUCCUUCUAUGGAGUCUGAAAAUAGUUUCAAUUCAGAAUACUCAUUCCAAAGAGAACCUGUUAGCUUGCAAUUAGCUACUCACCAUGAAGAAAUUGAAACUAUGUCACCGAAGAAAGAUCUGUUACCGGAACCAAAUGAACAGAUUGAGGAAUUGAAUACCGCCGUGAAAUCGCCUCAACCGGAAUUAGUACUCUCGGUAGAUAAACCGGACUUUAAAGCUAGUGAUGACGAAGAUGAUGAUGAUGAUUAUAACUGGGGCUAUAACAGUCAAAGCUCUAGUAAUGAUGAAAAAGAAGCUCUUAAUGUUCCUGGAGAAAAUUCAGCGUCAGAUAUAGAUUCCUUUAUUGAUAAUUUGAAUAAAGUCUAUAGCGGGGACCCUUCUGCAGAAGUUUUACCACCGAUAGAUCAUGAUUUGUCAUUGCCAGAUUUUGAGAAUACUUCAUUCAGUAAAUAUGAGGACGACGAUGAAGAUAAUUACAGUCCUAUUAAACCGUUAGCUGUUUCUCAGCAAAAAGAAGCUCAUGAUGAUUACUUGAGUUCAUUCUCAGGAAGAACGCAAUCAAUAAGGAAACCCCCAAGACAUUCUGCAAUUUUUACUGACGAUUUCUCUGGUAUUCCCAAUGAUGAAACUGAAAAGGCAACAGAGGAAGAAAAGGAUGACUCCAUUACAGAAGAUCUGGUACCAGCUAUUGCACAAACAAAUGAAUCUGAAUUUGAACAAAAAGCAUUGGGUAAUAAUAAUACUGAGUUAGCUCCACCUGAACUACAUCCAGUAGCCUCCUCGGGAUCAUUAUCAACUGGUAAAUUAUCCUUGGAUACUGCAUCUCAGAAACAACAAGAAGCACAAGAGGAAGAAAGUAUAACAAAAGAUAUCAAAGACUCUCGGAGAAUUUCCACACUGAGUAAUGCCACUUUCAACUUAGGUGGUUGGGCCCCUAAUACUGAUAAUUUCCGUAAUCAAUUCAUAAGCGAGAACGAUAACGAGUCCGUAAACUUUAACACAGAUAGAAGUGGUUAUGACAAAUUUACAAAAGUGAGAACUGAAUCAAGUCUAGAGGAAGAGAAUGUCAAUGCUAGUUUACCUUCAAUCCCAGAGACUAUUGAUGCAGUUAUGCCAAUUAUUCAAGAAGAUGGUGGUAGUGAAGAAGAAGGAGAAGGUGAUGAUGACCAAGAGAAAGAUGAUGUUCAAGAUUAUAAUGGUGAUUCUCAGUCGGUGUUACCCACAAUUACCAUGACGUCAAAAUCUGAUUCUGUUUUGAAUGAACAUUUUUAUCCAAAGCCAUUAUUUAAAGAAGAGAGAUUGACUCCUGCUGCUUCGAAAGAAAAUUUAUUGCCACAAAAGUAUAACAGUUUGUUACCUCCUGAGAAUAGAAGAGCUUCUGAUAGUUCAGAAGUUUCUGAAAGACAAAGGUCGGAAUCAACAUCUACUGUUACCACCAACUCUACUGUACAAGUAACUCCCAAAGAGUUAGUUCCUGGUAAAUAUCCUGUUUCAGAUUGGAAGAGUAUUGUUACUAUAUCACAGCCUAUUGACAGAAUUGCAGCUUUUAAGGAUGCAUUACAUAAGGAACAACAAUAUGAUAGUAAGUUGACGAGUUGGUUACAUUAUGCAUUGAAACGACUGCCCAAUACAAGCACAAACUUACUGAUUGGUAGAGUUGCCUCUCAAGCAUAUCAAAAUGCUGAGCACAAUGAUCUUCGAAGACAUGCUUCAUUCAGAAGUAGAGUCAAUAUUGUCAAAGACAAGGUUGAAGGUACUGGAUCUUUUGGUAAGAAAUUGUUUAGCCGUAGUAAGAAGUUUAUCAAAUCGACCACAGGUGAUAAGUAG